ACCAAAUUGGAGCCCCCACUCUCUUACCAUUCAUUUUCUCUGUUCCAAGCAGUCUGGCAGUCUGGCUGAAGAAAUCACCAGAUGAAGAUCCAGUGCGAUGUCUGCAACAAGGCUGAGGCGUCGGUCUUCUGUACGGCCGACGACGCCGCCCUUUGUGACGCCUGUGACCACCGCGUCCACCAUGCCAACAAAUUGGCAUCUAAACACCAGCGAUUUUCCCUCCUCCAUCCUUCCUCUACCAAACAAUUCCCCCUAUGUGAUGUCUGUCAGGAGAAACGGGCGAUUUUGUUCUGUCAACAAGACAGAGCAAUCCUGUGCAGAGACUGUGACGUUCCAAUUCACACGGCCAACGAGCAUACCCAGAAGCAUAAUAGGUUUCUUCUUACUGGGGUGAAGCUCUCCGCCACCGCCACCGUUUACACACCAUCUCCUGGCGAUUCUGUAACGGAUUAUAAUUCUGAACCGAUUAACAAGAAACCCGUCCCUGUUUCGCUGGCAAUUUCAAACACAUCUCCGGUUACCAAAACUUCAACUGUAACAGCAGCUGAAAACGCUGCCGGAGAUAAUCAGCUUGCGAUUUCAGAGUACUUGAUGGAGGUGCUUCCCGGUUGGCACGUUGAAGAUUUUCUUGAUUCCUCCUCUGCUCUUCCCUUCGGUUUCUGUAAGAGCAAUGAUGGGAUGUUGCCAUUUUUGGACAAGAGCAACAUGGUAACUUUCUCAUCGGAAAGUUCAAGUAUUUGGGUGCCUCAGACGCCAUCUCCGAAGAUGUAUCCUCUUCAAUAUUCUCCCCAGUUGGGUGGACAAAUCGGGUUCACGGAGACAAAGGAGAUUGCGGGCAUGAAAUCAAACCGGAGAUGGACAGAUGAUGUUUUCACUGUCCCACAAAUCAACCCUUCAUCCAAAAGAUCUAGGCUUCUUUGGUAGAAUCAAAAUCAAAAGCACUUUCUUGUUUUUUAUUUUUAUUUUUAUUUUUUUGUUCAUGGUGGAUGUGAGUUUCAGUUUCUGAUUUCAAUUUAGCUUGAUGUUUUUCUUUUUCUUCUCCCUACUUUCUGUAGGAGUUUUGUUCGAUCACUCUGUUUUUCUUUUUAUGCUGUGUAACUGCAAAAUGCAAACUUCCCCUGUGAAUAUCAAUGGAAUCUGUAAAAGUUUUUAGUUUUUGUCUCAAUUCAGACAUUUUGUGUCUGAAAUUAAGGGAUUAAGAGAAA